UCAGAUUAUGUGUAUUUUGAAAACUCUUCAAGUAACCCGUACCUUAUUCGGCGAAUCGAAGAACUCAACAAGACAGCAAAUGGUAAUGUAGAAGCCAAGGUUGUGUGUCUGUUUCGGCGCAGAGAUAUCUCCAGCAGUCUGAACAGUUUAGCGGACAGCAAUGCACGAGAAUUUGAGGAAGAGUCCAAGCAGCCAUCUGUUGGUGAACAACAAAGGCACCAACUGAAACAUCGAGAACUUUUUCUUUCCCGACAGUUUGAAUCUCUACCAGCAACACAUAUCAGGGGCAAAUGCAGUGUAACUCUGCUAAAUGAGACAGAUAUUCUAAGCCAGUAUUUGGAGAAAGAGGAUUGCUUUUUUUACUCGCUGGUGUUUGACCCUGUGCAAAAGACUCUGUUGGCUGAUCAAGGAGAGAUCAGAGUUGGUUCCAAAUAUCAAGCAGAAAUUCCCGACCAGCUAGCUGAAGGUGAAUCUGAUAACAGGAACCAGCAGAAAAUGGAGAUGAAAGUUUGGGAUCCUGAAAAUCCUUUGACGAGUUUUCUUCUCAUUGUUAUUCUGUUUAUUUGUAGGGCUGUUGGCACAUUUGCAAGAGCAUUGGACUGUAGCAGCUCAAUCAGACAGCCAAGCUUACACAUGAGCGCAGCAGCUGCUUCUCGUGACAUUACAUUGUUCCAUGCAAUGGAUACCCUACAGAGGAACGGUUAUGAUCUUGCUCGUGCCAUGUCGACACUUGUCCCUCAGGGUGGUCCAGUUCUGUGCAGGGAUGAAAUGGAAGAGUGGUCUGCAUCAGAGGCCAUGUUGUUUGAGGAGGCUUUGGAGAAAUAUGGAAAGGAUUUUAAUGACAUCCGACAAGACUUUCUCCCCUGGAAGUCUUUGGCUAGUAUUGUUCAGUUCUACUAUAUGUGGAAAACUACAGACAGAUACAUCCAACAGAAACGUUUGAAGGCAGCUGAAGCAGACAGCAAACUGAAGCAAGUCUACAUCCCCACUUACACCAAACCGAAUCCCAAUCAGAUUAUAUCUGUUGGAUCUAAACCUGGACUUAAUGGAGCUGGAUUCCAAAAGGGUUUGACUUGCGAAAGCUGCCACACCACAGUCUCUGCACAGUGGUAUGCAUGGGGUCCUCCUAACAUGCAGUGCCGCCUUUGUGCAUCUUGCUGGAUCUACUGGAAAAAGUAUGGUGGGCUUAAAACACCAACGCAGCUUGAAGGUGCUGCUAGGAAUAUUGGGGAGCCACAUUCUCGUGGCCAUCUUUCUCGGCCUGAAGCUCAAAGCAUGUCACCAUAUACCACCAGUGCUAACCGGGCUAAACUGUUGGCAAAGAAUCGGCAAACCUUUCUUUUGCAAACGACCAAACUAACUCGUAUAGCACGACGCAUGUGUAGAGAUAUCUUGCAACCUCGAAGAGCUGCACGUCGACCAUAUGCUCCAAUCAAUUCCAACUCCAUAAAGGCAGAAUGCUCUAUUCGACUACCAAAAGCAGCUAAAACUCCACUAAAGAUCCUGCCCCUGGUGCGCCCUCCCUUAGCUGCCAUUGUGAAAGAGCUAGCUGCUCAAGCACCCCUCAAGCCGAAAACCCCACGUGGAACAAAAACGCCAAUAAAUCGCAACCAACUCACUCAGAGUCGUAGUUUGAGUGUGUUACCCACAAAAAGAGCAUUUGAAGCUGUAUCUGGGGUUGGUGUGGUACCUCCUUUUUCUGCCAAUGGCCGCUCCUUCUCCUCCGGUGUCCGUUCCAGCUCUCAACCCAAUGUUAAGAGGCAGAAACUCAAUCUUGCUGAUGCCCCUAAUCCGGUAGUGUUUGUGGCUACAAAGGAUACAAGAUGCUUAAGAAAAUCCCUUUCACACAUGGAGAUGCGCCGAGCUGCUCGUCGCCCCAAUCAACCCUUGAAGAUAAAGCUACCACUGCCUCCAAGAACAGCUGUGCUUAUGCCCUCACUUGCUGCAGCCCAUCCUGCCAGCACAAGUGAACCUAUUGUUUUGGAAGACUGA